CCUUCAAUGCUGGCGAUAAAAGCAUCGCUGGCGACACCGUAACCAUGGAAAACUACCACACGUACCUCUGAGUAGUAUUACUAACAAGCUGAUCGCCCGUUUAGUAACGGUUUCAAUAUGCCCGACCGGCGGUGCUGCAUGCGGCUCUCUGUCGCUUGAUAUUACCGUUACAGGCUGUUUCCAUCUGGAAAUUUCUUGGCAGGGGAAAGCAGGCCAGCUAGCACCGCUAGCUUUAGCCUUUUCAGCACUCAAUCUCUGGGCUUGGACGUUCCGUUUUUUCCAUGACCACACCAUUGACAUUGUUGUCUAUCAAUUCGAGGACUUUUUAACUCCAAAAAAAGUAUUUUAUGGGAUUCAUAUCGGCGAAAGAGAAGCGGGCCUAAGCCAAAAUGGUGAACUGGAGGCGGCUGCUGCGAAUGUCCAACCGAUCGUUCCUGGCCUUCAUAUUCUUCUUCUCCAUGUCCACCACUUGUCUCUACUUCAUCUAUGUGGCUCCAGGAAUAGCGAACACAUACUUCUUCAUGGUGCAGGCUCAGGGCAUCAUGUUGAGGGACAAUGUGAGGACCAUCGGCCAGAUGAUCCGAUUGUACACCAACAAAAACAGCACGCUCAACGGGACGGACUAUCCUGAUGGCAGUAACUCCAGUGAAUACCUGGUCCAGCCAACCACGUACCUCCCCGAGAACUUCACCUACGCCCAGAACCUCCCCUGCCCAGAGCGAUUACCUUCUAUGAAGGGCCUUAUGGAAGUGAACAUGACAGAGAUCCCCAUGGAGGAGAUAGAAAUUAAGUUCUCCAAGUUUUUUGACAUUGAGUUCGGAGGCCAUUGGAAACCAAAGGACUGCAAGCCUCGCUGGAAGGUGGCCAUCCUGAUUCCAUUUAGAAACCGCCAUGAACAUCUACCCAUCCUUUUCCAUCACCUCAUCCCUAUGCUGCAGAGACAGCGACUGCAGUUUGCCUUCUACGUCAUUGAACAGAGUGGGAGCCAACCCUUCAACAGAGCCAUGCUGUUUAACGUGGGUUUCCUGGAGGCCAUGAAGGACUUGGACUGGGACUGCCUGAUCUUCCACGAUGUAGACCACAUCCCUGAGAACGACCGCAACUACUACGGCUGUGGUCAGAUGCCUCGCCACUUUGCUGCCAAACUGGAUAAAUACAUGUACAUUCUCCCAUACAGCGAGUUCUUUGGUGGUGUGAGUGGACUCACUGUGGAGCAGUUCCGUAAAAUCAACGGCUUUCCCAAUGCAUUCUGGGGAUGGGGAGGAGAGGACGAUGACUUGUGGAACAGGGUUCACUACGCUGGUCUGAAUGUCACGCGGCCAGAGGGGGAGCUCGGAAAGUACAAAUCUAUUCCUCAUCACCACAGAGGAGAGGUGCAGUUCCUCGGGAGGUAUAAACUGCUAAGGUAUUCCAAAGAGCGGCAACACCUGGACGGCCUCAACAACGUCCACUACGUCCCCCACACGUCCCUCAGCAGCCUCUACAAGAACAUCACGGUGGACCUGUACCCCGAGCUCGCUCCUAUCGCAGACUACUGAA